UUUCGGGUAGGUGAAAAGAGUUCGAUCGGAGUUUCUCUAUCUUGUCACUAGCUUUACAUAUCGACAGCCUAUUCACUCAUGAAAUGAGCCGUUCCGCAGAUGCCUGUGUGGGCUCUUCCCACGCAGUGGCGCACCUCUUUGACCAUUUAGUUGAUUCCGGGAGUUCCAAAUUCCGUUUGGGCGAGUCCAGUUCAAGUAUUGCUCGAGUUGCCGAACCACCGCUUCUGGAGCAGAAUGGCUGGAGCCAUAGGGGCCGGCUGGAUGUGAACGGAUGGGGAAAGGAGUUUGAGGAGUUUGAUAAUGGAAAUACUGAUUGGAAAAAGGGUGCUGCCCGACCUGUUCCCUCAGAAGAACGACAGUCGCUACAACCACCGUCGAACUUUUUGGCGGACCAGUGGACCCGGGAGAUGGUAGAAGAGGAAGAGGAGGAAGAAGAGUACAGUACAGAAUGGGGCGACGAAGCUUUUACGAUUCAGUAUCUAAAAUCGCACCCGCCACCGCCUCAACCACCGCAACCCCAACUUCAUCUUCACCCUCCUCGUUCUGACCUCACCGCAUCAUCUCUCAUCGACGAAUUUCUCACCUCGCCCUCAGUAGGAUCUAAUGAUUUGAAAUCCUUCUACGAAGCCAUCGAAGAAGCAGAGGCCUCGUAUUGGGACAGUGCACCAAAAUCCCGACCGGAGUGGAACUGGGAUCUGGUGUUUCGUCGAGUAAGUGAGCUGGAAGAGGGCAAUGCUCACCUUGGAGGUGAACCUGCCGACGCAAGUGAGAUCUCGAAGAGAAGACUGCGACUGUUAUUGGCUCAGCUGACUGGAUCUACCUCUGCUGCUAGUUAGUUAUUCGUCGUGUACAUUCCUCAUUAGUUUGUUUGCCACAUAUGUGAUGUAUUUAUAACUUGGUCAUGGAAAUAUGAGCGCGGAAUAUGGCACUAUCUUGGGAUAUGGAGGAGAGGAAUAUUAUAACUGUGCAAAGGGGCUUUUAUUUAAUGGUGGCUCUUAUUAUAAUGGGUAAUAUAUAUGUAACCAUCUCAUCAUCA